AUGUAUGGGGCCUUGGGAGUGGACAGCUUGGAGGAUCAUAAAAAGCCGACCCGAGUUGACUCACUUCAGGAAGUCGCCUACAUCGCCGCCGGGUACAAUCACAGCUUCGCUAUUGAUCGAGAGGGCAAGACCUACUCGUUCGGGGCGAAUGGGCCAUGGCUCGGGCACAACAAUCUCACCAAGUCCUACUCGUGGCUUUCUCGAUCAUCGAAUGAGAAGCGUAAUGUGGUCGCUGUUCCCCGACGAGUCGACUCAGUCAGCGGCCUCGAAAUGAAGAGCAUUGCCGUAGGCAAGAAGCACACGCUGUUGCUCACCAUCGAUGGGCUCGUCUACGCGAUGGGCAAAAACCGCGCUGGCUGCUUAGGGCUAGGCAAGGGCCAAAAGAGGCUCGUGUGGGAUGCGGCUUUCAUAGAUGCGCUCGCUGGCGUGAAGAUAGAUUUUGUGGGUGCCGGCGAGAAGCACUCAAUUGCGGUGAGCGAGACUGGUGGCAUUUAUGCGUUCGGUUCCGGCAACACGGCGGGAAUGAGCAAAAGCAACGUUAUACAGGAAUUGGCGCGGCCCUUGGAAGCCACAACGAAUGUGAAACCACUGCAAGUUGCCGUGGGCCAGAACCACACCUUGCUGCUGCUUCCGUCGCCGCUCCUCCUUCUCCCAGAGACCAAAAAGGGCGGUUCUUCCGAAGAUGUCGACGAAGAGGUCGUGGAGCAGCCAUGCCUGGACCCGAGAAUCGGCGAAAUGGUGAGGAGUCUUAACUUGGGCAAGGAGGGAGAGAAACUGUUUUUAGAGGCGAAUAUUUCAUACGAGGUGCUGCAACACCUCACCAAAGAUGAUCUCCAGGGACGGUUACGAGGAACGACAACCGUAGCAAUCAAAUCGGUGCGGUCAACCGAUAAGACAUCGUUCCUUGCCGAGGCGCAGAUCAUGUCAAAUCUACCGGCGCACCCGAAUGUGGUGACUUUUUUCGGCCUUGCGGAAGGUCGAGACCAGCUGUACAUCGUCACCGAAUUCAUGGCCGACGGGUCGCUUGACAAGCAUCUGAUUCAAAACCGAGAUGCGAUCAGCGUUGAGUCGCUGAUCCAGAUGACCAAGGAUCUAGCUGCAGGCAUGGACCACCUCGCGGCGCACGGAAUCAUCCAUCGAGACUUGGCCGCGCGCAACCUCCUCCUCGAGAUUAAGCGGUCCGAUGUCUACUGCGUGAAAGUGUGCGAUUUUGGCCUGUCGAAGCUCUCCACCGACGAGCUAAACCCACAGCAGAUGAAAAGUAUUCCUGUGCGCUGGACCGGUAAACCAUACACUGACAAAGCCGACGUGUGGUCAUUUGGCGUGACUGUGUGGGAGAUCUUUAGCUUUGGUGCGUUGCCCUACGCCGGAAUGACGACGAUGGAAGUGGUCGAUGCUGUGCGGCGGGGCGUCAGGCUGAGCAAGCCCGAUGGUUGCCCCGAUGAGAUCUUCACGCAGAUCAUCCAGCCCUGCUUCCAGGAGAAUCCCGACGAUCGGCCCACCUUCCGAGAGAUCUAUCGAACGCUCGAGUCUCUCUUUCCCUCGCGGCGCAUCUCCUUCUCCACCUACUCGCCGACCACCUCGCCGACCACCUCUGCCUUCUCCGCCACGGCGUUUGUUCCACCGUCGCCGCUGUCUGACUCUGGCGGAAUCUCCGUGGCCUCUCUCGUCGCAGCCUCCUCCUCUCCCGUCGCGCAGUCUGUCCCGACCGACAUCGCCGCCUUGGUGGCCGAGGAGCUCAUGGCGUCGGCACAGUCCAUUGCCGCGCUCGUACCCUACGCCUCAUCAACGUCGGUGAUAACGCGACCAGCGCCGCUGCCAUCGUACUCAACGACGACGACGACGACGACUACUACGCCCACCGAGCCCGCACAAGCGGUGGCCGAGGGCGCAUCGCCUAAUACCAGGCAGCAGUCGCGCGAGAUGGCGGCCAUCACGGGUUCUCCAUCGCCGUCACCAUACAACUCGGCUUCGUUUGGGUCGGUGGCGAUGAUGCCCGGCAUGGGCCUCUCGUUUUCCAUGCUCGAUCUCAGCAGCGCGAACAAAAUCGAAGACCGGCUCGACGCGACAUCGCAGUCCUACGACGAGGCCGCCUGGGCUGCCGCGCUCUCUUCGUGGAAGGCCCCUGCUUCGGCACGCAGGAAGAAGUCGACCCCCGAUGCCGUCAGCAGCAGCAGCAGCAGCAGCAGCAAGGAGAGCAAAAAGGAACAGAAGAGCAAGAAGUCUCGGGCGCGUCCGCGGUCGGCCGAAGCGCCGCUACACUCGCAGAUGCUCUUCUCUGCGCUGGCCGAGGAGGCCAAGGCCGGCGGCGGUGGCCUCUCUUCUUCGACCAUCAAGGGCCAGCUGCUAGCAUCUCCGCCCCCCUCCUCCACCCCCAGCAGAACCAAGGCCACCAAGGAGGCGCAAUACACCGCGAUGAUGGCGAGAGGGAAGAAGCGCAGUGGCGCUACCCGAGCGCUUGCCAACAGCAUAAGCGGCGCCGGCAAGCUCCACGCGCCAACGCGAGGGACCCCAGCCGAGGCCACCACAGCGCAGAACGAAGAGACACCCUACCACCGCAUCCCUCAGUUCAUGCGCAACUCGUUGCAGCUGGCCACGCGACGCAAGAACCAAGCGACAGCACCACCGCCAGGGCGAUAG